CGCCCAAGUCCCUCGUCAUCAGUUUUGAAUCGUGUGAGAGCGGGAACUCACUACACAGCAACUGAUAUGGAUGAUUACAAGAUUGUGAGGCAGAAGGUCUCCGAGAAUUUCGAUGGCUGGCCCGAGGAAGAUCUGGGAACGCCCGAGAAUGGCUGCCAUAAAGAUAGAUCUUGCAUGAGCCAAUUCCGUCCUUGUCGGCUAUAUCUCGAGCUUGAUUGUUCGUCGGUUCGUAGGGAAGAGCGCUUCGUCGCAAUCAAAAUCAUGACCGGAUUUGCGAGCAAGAAUUAUCAAGCUGGAAAAGCUGAUGAAAUCGGUAUCCUCAAGAAGUCACUUUCCGCAGCGGAAUCGCAGGAGAAAUACGCAGCACACAUCGUCCGUUACUACGACAACUUCACGUAUACUGGACCGACAUCGGUCGUACACAAUAUCAUCGUGACCGAACCUCUCGCUCACAGCCUACAAGAACUGCAGAAUACUUUACCCAACAGAGCAAUCCCGCUUUGGCUGUGCAAAUAUUUCGCCAAACAAGUCCUACAAGCUAUUAGCUACCUGCAUGAAGCGUGUGGAGUGGUUUAUGGGGAUCUCAAAUCCGACAAUAUCCUUUUUCGUCCCGAAGACGUCGAUGCAGUCAUCAAUCAAGAACUGAUCAACGAUCCGUCCUGUUCUUACGACCGACCCGAAGGGAAACCCGUAUACGGCGGCACAAUUGCUUUCCGAUCCCAGCCCCUGCCUCCUUGGACUGGCAAGGGUAGCAAAGAGGCUAUCGGGAAGAUGACGGCCGUCUUAGCCGACUUUGGACACUCUCACUGGUCGCACCAACAUUUCCAAGAGAUCAUCCAACCAUUUUCCUUGCGAGCCCCAGAGGUUCACAUGGGGUACGGAUGGACUACGUCCGCUGACAUCUGGAGUUUUGGCUGCCUGAUGUUCGAGUGGGCAACGGGUGUUUGGUUAUUUGAACCCGACCUCUUGCCAUCUUGCAGUGAAGAGGAAGCUCAUCUCGUACAAAUGACGGAGGCCUUGGGAGAAAAGAUUCCGAUGGUCAUGAUCGAAAAGAGCAAGCACAAAGACAAGUAUUUCGGAGCAGACGGGAAUUUUGCGCACCCCAAAGCCGAGGGAGGAUUUGCCUAUCCUACUGUAAAGGAAUCUUUGAAACUUAUCGCGCCCCAAAUGUCCUCCGAAGACAAGACUUCGCUGGAAAGGUUCAUCCGAAAAUGCUUGGCUUCCAACCCGAAGACAGACCGACCGCCUCUGAUCUACUCAACGACGCUUGGUUCAACGAUGCCUGAUCUGACCAGUUAUCUCGUGUUGAAUGGAAUCCAAGAGGGAAUUGAAACGUGACUGCGAAACUAUCGAUUGUGAUAGUCCCUGACUCUUUGCGACAUGGUUAUAUAUUAUGUGCGUGCAA